GAAAUUUACCGGUCAAAUUAAUAUAAACUAAUCGAUCUGAGAGUUCUAGUCAAUAUUAAAGAACAUAAAAUAUUCACGAUUAAUAUUAAAUUACAUGUAUAUAUGCAUAUAUAUGUAUAUAUAUAUACAUGCUUAAAUUCUAAUCAUAUUGAUUAUAUAUUUGAUUAUAUCGUAAAAUAUUUUUUUAAUACGUAAACGACCAAUCACGAAAAAUGAUAUAACUCGUUAGUGUUUUCAAUAUCAAAGACAACUCAUGCGUCGAAUUAUACGGGUUGGUUGCCUAGGUACCAUGAGGACAUGUAAUAUGUUUUGACGUAAACAAACUUCAUUUAUAGAAGUUUAAUUGUGCUCGAGGAAAAGUCAUUUGUUUAUGAUAAAUAAUUGCUUUAAUAAGCAGUAAAAUGACAUCACUUGAUUUAAGACAACAGAAACUUGAACAACAGAGACAAUUAAUUGCACAAAAAAUGAAACAAAAAAGACAAAGUGGUGCUGGUGGUAUGGUGCAGGCAUCAAAUAUAUCCACUACACAAUUAACAAGUCAUACUAUGAAAUGGAUUAAUCCUAAUAAAGAACUUCAUGGAUACGAUGGGCCUUUACAGUUCACAAUGUCCCAAACAAAUCCAGAUAUUGGAACGUUUUCUGAAAAUAAACCUAUAGAAACAGAAAUUAGUGAAGCAAGCUCCGAAAUAGCAUUUUAUGAAGGUACGGAAGCUAGAGAAUGCGCAGAUGAAGAAUCAUCUCCUGUAGAUUUGCAUUCUCCUUCAGAAUCUCUGCCAUGUUCUUCUCCUCUUAAAAUAGCACCAUCAGAAGUAACUCGUGCACUUAUCAAUAGAGACAAUCAUUCUACUAGUCCAGAAUUAGAAGGUAAUGUAGAAGGAAAUAUAGAACAAUUUGUAUUGCAACCAGCAAAUAAAAAAAUGCAUUAUAAGUGUCGUAUAACACGUGAUAAAAAAGGUAUGGACCGUGGUCUUUACCCUACUUAUUUUUUACAUCUUGAACGUGAUUAUGGAAAAAAGAUAUUUUUAUUGGCCGGACGCAAGAGGAAGAAAAGUACGACAAGUAAUUAUUUAAUUUCCACGGAUCCUACAGAUCUUUCAAGAGGUGGCGAAUCCUAUAUAGGAAAAUUAAGAUCUAAUCUCCUUGGGACACAAUUUACUGUUUAUGACAAUGGAUAUUCAUUAAUGAAAGAUUGUAAGAGAGAUGAACGUUUUAAUCCACGACAAGAAUUAGCUGCAGUAGUAUAUGACACAAACGUCUUAGGAUUUAAAGGUCCACGAAAAAUGACUGUUAUUAUACCUGGAAUGACGCCUGAUCAAAAACGAGUUGAAAUUUGUCCACGGGAUGAAACGGAAACAUUGCUUGAACGUUGGAAAAUGAAAAAUAUGGAUAAUUUAAUAGAACUACAUAACAAAACUCCAGUAUGGAAUGACGAUACGCAAUCGUAUGUGUUGAAUUUUCAUGGCCGUGUGACACAAGCAUCUGUUAAAAAUUUUCAAGUUGUACAUGACAGUGAUGUGGACUAUGUUGUUAUGCAAUUUGGACGUGUAGCUGAAGAUGUCUUCACUAUGGAUUAUAGGUUCCCACUUUGUACACUUCAAGCUUUUGCGAUUGCUUUAAGUAGUUUUGAUAGUAAACUAGCAUGCGAAUAAGAGUGAUAUGAAAAUAUAAAGAGGAUUAAAGAAUUGGAACCAAAGUUAUGAAUAAAACAAAGUGACGGGAACUUUUUUCAGGACUUGCAUGAUAUAAAAGCAAUGAAGCAAAUCCAUUUACAUAUUUCAAAAUAUACAUGAAAUGGGUUUGUUAUAUUUCAUAUAUAAUAUUUAUAAUUGAAAUGUGUGAAAUAGGAAACGAACAAAGAAGGAAGAAAUUAAACAUGAAUUUUGUGUAUUAAUGCAAUAGAUAUUUGUGCACAUUUAAAAAGUUUUAAAAAGAGAUGAACUAUACUACCAUAUUUGACAUAGCACAUAAGAAGAAAGAAUAAUCUAUUAGAAAUUAAAUAUAAUGAGAAUAGAAAUCAAUUUAUGCCUUAAUUCUAUGAUUCAAUUGUGACUGGCAUAUAUCUAAAAUUAUGUUGCUGUCUAUAUUUAAGACAAAAGCUUAUAAUAGACAAUCAAAAUUAAAAUAAUUCGGUGCUAAUUUGAUAAAUAUUCACCGUAUAAGAGUUGGUUUUAUAAAAAAGACUAAAAAAAGAAAAAAAAAAUUGUGCUAGAAAACUGUGUGUGUUCAGCUUUUCUAUCUAUAUACACAGUAUGUAAUCUUUUUUUAAUAUCAUAUAACAAGUUUAUACUUAUGUUCUCUUCUUUGUAUUUAAGUUAGAACUGAACUACUUAGUACGAUAUUAGAUAAAAUAUAAAACGUGUUUCUCUUUCACAUUAAUUAAAAUGCUAAUCUUUUAUAAGAAUUAUUAAUAUGAUAGG